CUCCGUCCGCGUCUCUGGAGGAGAUUCUGCGGCCAGUGAGAUCACAUCCUCGCGAUGCAGCUGCCAGCGAGUCACAGUGCGAACAGCACCGCUUCACAGUAACUCAAAUCUGCGACAUUUGCGCCAGCUUUUCAGGAGCUACAGCGUCGCGACACACGGAAACGCUUCAUAAACGCUUAUAAAAACGCAGGUUCUUCCAGUCGCCCAUCACUAUGGAAUGCGGUUUGACUUAAAUUCCUCCCCCUCUACCUUCUUGGUGGGAUCGCGCAUUUUCUCUCGGUUUUUUGUGUUGUGUCUGAGGCUUGAGUCACUGAGACCGAGCGCGAUGUGGGCCAGGAACGACUUCGAGGACGGUUUCGACGCUUAUAAGAUUGGUUCGAGCACGUCCUCUCCUGGAUGGGUCCCAGGUUGCGACUCGGCAUGGCAAGCAUCCUCUUCUGCCACUGGCAUUAGCAGCCGCGGGCGCCGUCAUAGUGCCGCCUCAGACAGUGGUGACACCGGCAUCGGGACCUCAUGUUCUGACAGUGUAGAAGAUCACUCCAGCUCUAGCGGGACGUUGUCCUUCCUCCCUCUGCGUCCCCACGGCCCGAUCCCGACGGCCCACGUCAUGCCCUCUCCAUCCAACUCCAAACUCAGCGCUCCCUCUGCACCCAGCAGCCCCUGGAGCAGCAGCUGCCAGCUUCCCUCACCUCUCGACAUCCCCCUGGACAUGAAGGAUCCCCGUCCCGUGCGUCGAUGGUCCUCCCUCACCCGCCUCACCGCCCAAGAAAAGCCCUCUCCAACAAACCGUCCUUCCCACCGCACGGACCCACAUGGAUCCCUAGAUCGAGGUGUGCUUUACGGAUACCGGCACGACCCUCAAUACUCUGAUGGAUUUAUUUCUGAAAACUUGCUUAAACUUUCGACCAAUAAGUAUGACCUGGGUAGCAGCAACACUUUAGGUAAAUCGGACUCAUGUUGUUCAUCUCCCCUGAAGCCGAGUACACUAGACCUCAGUUUUAGUGCCUUACCAGAGAGUAAGACGCCACCUGUGGGACUGGCAACGACGGGACAGAGAGGGUCGUCUUCACUCAGGCAGCAGGCGGUCGGUGGGUCACCCAUCCAGCCAGCGGUCAGGACUCAGAUGUGGCUGAGUGAGCAGAUGGAGUACCGGCCGGGACCUGACGGGUGUGGAUCAUGGCAGCAGGAGCAGCAGCAGCAGAGGGAGAGACUCAGACAAGACUCUGAACAGAUGUUGAGUGGAGCUUCGCUGCCGGUCAACACUCUGGUCAAGAUUAAAGAGGGACUCUUGAGACAGAGAGAACUGGAAAUUGACCGGCAAAAGCAGCAGAUCCUUCAGCUUCAUGCCAGAAUCAGGGAAAACGAGAUAAGGGCACAACAAGUCCUCCAGAACCAGAGAGGGCGCUAUGAGGACUCAUAUCUGCUCAAAGCAAAGGACUCUCCAUAUGACAGUCCGGUGUGCGGCCAGAGCCCGAAGUCUCACCUGCCGGAUCGAGUGAGUCCCCUGUGCUGUGAAAAUGGAGAGCUGGGCCGAAAAUUAGCCGCAUCAGAGCUGGAGGUCAUUCACCUCAGCGAAUUUCUCAAACAAAACACACAGAAAUACACAGAAGACAUCAAGAAACUGGAAGAGAAGAUGAAAACACGUGACCGCUACAUCAGCAGUCUGAAGAAGAAAUGUCAGCGUGAACAGGAGCAGAAUAAAGAGAAGCAGCAGCGCAUUGAGACGCUGGAGAAAUAUCUGGCAGAUCUGCCCUCGCUGGAUGAGGUCCAGACACAAGCUCAACAGCUGCAGGACGUGCAGGAGAAGCAGAAGACGCUGGAGGAAAGCGUGUCUCAGCUGCAGAAAAGCCUGGAGGAGAAGCAGAGCCUGCUGCUGGAGAAAGACGCCCUCAUCGAGACUCAAUCCAAGAGGGAGAAAGAGCUGGUGGCUACUGUCCAGAGUCUUCAAGAGAAGGUGGAGAAGUGUUUGGAGGAUGGAGUUCGGCUGCCCAUGCUAGACCUGAAGCAGCUGGAGAGGGAAAACACUCGCCUGCUGGAACAACAGAGCCACAAUAGCCUGCUGAUUGACAGUCAGAAGCAGCAGGUGGACAAGCUCACUCUGGAGAUGACGGCUCUGGAGAAGAAGCUUCAGCGGGAGAGAGGGAUCACACAGGAGCUCCGCAAGCAGCUGUUGGAGCGUGAGGAGGAACUGGACACGCUCUCCACCACUCUUAAACAGAAGCACAGACGAGCAGCGGAGGAGACGGCACCGAUGGCCCUGGGGACGAGUGUGAAGGACGCGGGACCCCUGCUAAAGGAGAUGUCCCUGUGUCUGCUGGAUCUGAAGGGCUUGUGCAGUGUCCUUACACAGAGAGCUCAAGGCAAAGAGCCCAACCUCGCUCUGCUGCUCGGUAUCAAAUCGAUGAGCUGCUCAGCGGAGGAGAGCGAGAAGCCUCUGCUGGAGGAUGGUCUGCGGGCCAAGCUGGUGGAGGUUUGCCAGCUGAGGAAAGACAUCGACGAGCUACGGACGCUCAUCUCAGACCGAUACGCACAGGACAUGGGUGAAAACUGUGUGACUCAAUGACGUCCAGCGCUCGGAAAGGGGGGAAAAAAAAUCACAUCAACCUGAUGGAAACUAAGUCUCUCUGACUGCUGAAGGUUGAACCAAGCUGUGAAUCCAGUUUACAAGGACGUCUUGUAGUUUGUGUGUUUUGUUUUUGAAUCUUCAAGGAUUUUGAAUGGAAGUUGAGUGUUUUUACUGUAUUUAUUGAGACUGUUGGUUCCUGUCAGUCGUUUCUGAGGGAAAGAAAAGAAACUGGUGUCUUUAAGUGCCUUUUGUUCCUGUCCAAACUUCAUGAAGUCAUUUUUACCCCUAAAAAAAAAAAGAAGCUGACUAAUUCGCUUGAGGUCGCAGGUCGACGUUCAGGAGCGUCUAGAUGGGAAAACCAUCAACUGAAGGGUCCUCAAUCAUAAGCACCAUCAUAAGAGUUUUGUGUCUGAAGUGUCAUUUGAGUGGCUGAACAUCCAUUAAAACAAGCAUAAAGUGUGUUAUUUAAAGGGGCUGUAUGUAGAAUUAACAAACAGCUUGACAUUAGCAACACCGAUGGCCAUUAAGUGAACUGCAGCCAGGAACUUAUAGUUUGCAAUUCUAUAACCAAUCGACCUCAAUUUAUAUUAUACAUUAAAUAAUAAUAAUUAAUAAUAUAAUCCAUAUUUUUUGGGGGGGGACUUUGAAUAUGCUAAUAAUGUUCAAGAAUUAUAGAAAUUUUGGUAAUAUAUAUAUAUAUAUAUAUAUAUAUAUAGCCCAAUAAAUGUAUAGAAAGUUACUCAACUAUCACAAGUAACUUGGAAUUUAUUGUUAUAACAUACAAACAAACGAUCAAAACUUAAUUUAUUGGUCGGAGAGAGAGGGGG